UUACGAAUACGGGAGUAAUUGUCUGCAAGAACCCAUCUCAACUUCUGUAGAGGAGAACAAGAAAUGGUGGCUUACUAAUCCACAACCCCUAGGAUGCUUCAGGGCGGAAACAGCAGCAAUUUGCGUUGGAAAAUGCAAAUCUAUAAGCGUUUGUACCGAGUUCAAGUGAGCAGACUCGACCAACUUCACUCGGAAACGCCACACUAGCGGCGGCUGGAAGUCCGUGACCCAACUUUGCCUAAGAGCGCGCGCUCCCUUCGGCGUAACGGAACGUUCGCUGCACGCCACGCCUCUGCGCUUCGCCUCUUUCGCCUGUUUCGAGGCUCGGCGGAUUCGAGUGCACGACAGCGGUGGCCUCGCACGCACCGCGAUGGCGCAAGCACAUCGCGCGUGGCCACUACAGUAAGCGACCGGUUCCAGCGACUCGGCUUGGGAGAACAUUAUCUCGGCUCCACGGAUAAUCCCACUUCCACAGCCGGCGGGACCUGCGUGUGCACAAACGUUCAACAGCGCGCCGCAACGACAGGUAGAUGCUCAGCUGCGCGGAACGGUUCCCUGUCUGUGCAGAAGUUUCACCAUCUACGUUUUUAGUGCCGGCAAGAUCAUGACGGGCACGCCGUUGCUUCCCAAGCUGCGACAAAUCGCCGAAGAAGAGCUGGGAGAAACGGACGAGGUCAGGCAGCAGGCUCUGGACGAUCUCACCAAGCUUCUGAACGGCGAGCCCGGACUCAACUGGCACAACGACCCUGACUUUCUGCUCCGGUUUCUCCGUGUGCGGAAGUACAAUGUUGAGGCAGCAUUGAAGAGCAUCACAAAGUACUACCGCGUCCGGGACAACUGUCGGCAAAUUUUUGACGACUUCAGGCCUUCAACUAUUGUCCCAGAGUGUAGAGAUAUAGCAGCUGUGCUACCUCACCGAGAUGCUCAAGGCCGGCAAAUUUUGCUGAUUAGAAGUGGCAUGUGGAACCCCACUUUGGUGCCGCAGAUUGAUGUACAUCGAGCCUUUAUGCUGUGUCUGAAGCACCUCGAGCGAAGCCCUUCAGGUCAAACGGCCGGCGUCGUUGUCAUCAAUGACUUCCAAGGGUUCGGUGUUGAGCACGCUAGGAACUGCAAAUUGGCCCCAAUGAAAGACCUAACGGACUACGUACAGGAAAGCAUGCCGCUGCGUCUGCGGGCAGUGCACGUCGUGCGAGAGUCGAGGGGCUUCGACUUCUGCUUCGCUCUCGUGCGUCCGUUCCUGAAGAGCAAAAUUAUUCAGAGGAUACGCUUCCACGGACACAAGAUGGAAGGGCUCCACGAACACGUUCCAGCCAGCAUACUGCCCGAAGCUUACGGUGGUCUGGUGUCUGACAAAGUGUUUCAGAAGUUUUGGUGUCAACUGGAAGCCGAGGAUCACUUUUUUGUAGAAGAUAGUAAACACGGCUAUGAGAGCGACAGCGGCGAGACAUCGUCGGAGCACACGAACAUGAUAGUAACACACCUGUGAUAUGAAGACGAAUGCUGGUACGCGGACUGCCCAAUCUUGGACCACUGAUUCACGAUUUUCGACGUCGACGAAUGUGACUACGUAUUUUAUGGGCGAGAAUAACGCCGUAUCUGGGCAGAAUAACUGAAACACCAGCGCAUGUGUUAUUUGACCCACACUAAUUGGAAGAAUUUCAAGAUUUCGCAAAUGUUCGAGAGAGCAGCAGCGUGAUCUGUGAUGCGCAACUAUAUCAAUACCACGACCUUCCUUCGCGGCGUCCUCUUGUCAGCAUUUUUGCAAUCUUCCUAAAGCGCGCAUCUUCUUCUAGGAAGUGGAUGUUGACUGCAGGCGUGUCUAGCCUUACUUAAAUUGCCAGAAAUUGCGCCAUCUGAGUGCCUCUUUCCAUGAGUUUGAUUAAGCUAAGCCAACAGGCGCGUCGUUUAGUGCCACAUCAAUUGAAGCCAGCGCGAGACAGGUGAACAAGACAAUGCUCACAAAGAGGCGGCACGCACCCAACCUUGGGCGCCAUCCAGCGCACAAACCACCGCCCACCUAACGCAUACAAGGCCCUCAAAUGAAUCUGCUGAACGUUACCACCACCCUUGAGCGAAAUCUACAUCGCCGUCAAAAGCUACGAGCAUGAGACCGUUAAGACCGCCAGGACACUUUCUUCCUGAAUGUUCAGUGUUCUUGCGGGCGUACCCAAUACAGUUGUUUGCAACCAUGUAUGAUUAAAACUCUGACUGACGUUUCUCUA